AUGCAUGACUUAUGUACGACGUGAUGGGAGGAUACUGUGGCUAGUACUUUCAUCAGGAUACAAGGAGAGACCUCCCAUGCCCCCCAAUUUGGCGGAGGCCCAGUCAGAAUGAAGAAGAUCAGCCUGAAGACCAUUCGGAAGUCGCUGAGCAUAAAGGGCAAAGAGGACGGGGACUUUGUCAUGCUCCAGCAGCCCCCUGUAAGCACAGAGUUCUCUAAGGACGAGUCACUUUUUGGUGGCUGCUACACCAAAGACCUUUCAGGGUGUGAUCUGGGCUGCGAGGAAGACAAAGGUGGGCAAAAUAAGAGCCGGUCAAAGAGCGAAGGCCUGAUGGGUUCACUUAAGAGAAGGCUGUCCGCAAAACAGAAGGCAAAGAGCAAAGCCGGCUCAUCAGCCAUUAGCUCAACAGACGACGAGGACACCUUCUCCUCCUCUUCUGUACCCAUCGGCUUCAACGAGGUCAAAGCCCAGAGACCUCUAAGGUCUUCGUCGCUACGGAGUCACCACUACAGCCCCUCGCCGUGGCCUCUGCGGCCAGUUAACUCUGACGACGCCUGCAUAAAGAUGGAGGUCAAAGUUAAAGCCAUGGUUCACUCGCCGAGCCCCAGUCCCACAUUGAACGGCAUCCGAAAGGAAUUCAGCGAUUUUCAGAUGGAUGGGCUCUUUCAGGACCAACCCGAAUCCUUAAAAAACAUUCAGCAGCCACAAAACGGUGAACUGCACCUGAAUAUUGAAGAUAAUGAUGUGCCUGUAGUGCUGGGGCUGACGCCCCAAGACUACAUUCAGUACACAAUGCCUUUAGAUGAGGGAAUGUACCCAGAAGGGUCCCACUCCUUCUGUCUGGACACCGCAUCUCCUAUGGAGGUGGGGGCAGAGGCGGACAAUGGGUCCCCACUGAUGGAUCAGGGACAGGAGGAGCAUGAAAUGGUUGGUGGCUUGCCUCCAGAUCUCUUCAUGGACACCUCAGUUAAUAGUCUUCUUAUCGGUUCUGCUGACAUGAUGCUUCAAAGCCCAAGAGGAGAGGUCCCGCCUCCUCUCUCGCCUCUCUUGCCUCCCAUGAGCAGUAAUGGUCGUUUUCCCCGGACUUUCUCUACCUUCAGCUCUUCAGACAGCCAAGUUGCUGAAAGGGUUAGACACCACCUCAACUUUGAUCCCAAUUCAGCUCCUGGAGUCAGCAGAGUUUACGACUCUGUCCAAAGCAGCGGGCCCAUGGUGGUGACCAGCUUGACGGAGGAGCUGAAGAAGCUCGCCAGGCAGGGUUGGUACUGGGGCCCCAUCACACGUUGGGAGGCGGAGGAAAAGCUCAUUAACUUGGCCGACGGCUCGUUUUUGGUCCGAGACAGCUCGGAUGACAGGUACCUGCUCAGCCUGAGUUUUAGGUCACAGAGCAAAACUCUCCACACCCGCAUCGAACACUCCAACGGACGCUUCAGCUUCUAUGAGCAACCUGACGUAGAAGGACACACGUCUAUCGUAGACCUCAUAGAACACUCGAUAAAAGACUCGGAGAACGGUGCUUUUUGUUAUUCCAGGUCUCGCUUACCAGGGUCUGCAACCUACCCAGUCAGACUCACCAACCCCGUAUCUCGGUUUAUGCAAGUACGCUCGCUGCAGUACCUUUGUCGCUUUGUCAUUAGACAGUACACAAGGAUAGACCUUAUCCAGAAACUGCCCUUGCCUAACAAGAUGAAAGAUUACCUACAGGAAAAGCACUACUGA